UAACACACUUGACAGUUGACGCGGCAUCGCGAGAAAUUUCUUCUUCUCCUUCAGAUCCCGAGCUAAAGCUAGCUAGCUUACCCAGCUCGCGCGAAUGGCCUCCUACGACGGCGGCGGCGACGGCCACCGCGGCCGCCCGCCCCCGCAGCAGCACCGCCCGUCGUCCGGCGGCGGAGGCGGGGGCGGAAGCGGCGACCUGGCGUCGAGCGCCAAGCUGGUGGCGGAGGCGGCCAAGUCGGUGUUCCAGGACCACAACCUGGAGAAGGUCGACAAGGGCCGCGUCGCGGGCGCCGCCGCCGAACUCCUCCACGCCGCCUCCCAGUACGGCAAGCUCGACGGCAAGCCCGCUGGCAACUACCUCGAGAAGGCCGAGGAGUACCUCCACCAGUACGGCCGCAAGGAGGGUUCCGCCGGAUCCGGCGGCGGCGGCAAGUACCAGGAUGAGGGCGGCGAGGGCAAAUACAAGAAGAAGCCCGGUCAUGGAGGUGGGAGGUACGAAGAAGAAGAAGAAGAAGAUUACAAGAAGAAGCCUACUAGUGGUGGUGGUGGUGGCUAUGGAGGAGGAAGGUAUGAGGAAGAAGAUAAUUACAAGAAGAAGCCUACUAGUGGUGGUGGUGGCUAUGGAGGAGGAAUGUAUGAGGAAGAAGAUGAUUACAAGAAGAAGCCUAGUAGUGGUGGUGGUGGUGGCUAUGGAGGAGGAAGAUAUGAGGAAGAAGAUGAAUAUAGAAAGAAGCCGAGUGGGGGUGGCUAUGGUGGGGGGAGGUAUGAGGAAGAAGAAGAUGAUUACAUGAAGAAGCCGAGUGCCGGUGCGGGUGGAUAUGGAGGUGGUGGAAGGUAUGAGGAUGAGUACAAGAAGAAGCCUGGUGGUGGUCAUGGUGGAGGGAGGUAUGAGGAGGAUGAUGAGUACAACAAGAAGCCUAGUGGUGGAUAUGGGUAUGGUGCUUCAAGUGGUGGAGGCCAUGGUGGGAGGUAUGAAGAAGAUGACUACAAGAAGAAGCCUAGCGCGCACUCCGGUGGCGGCGGUGGCAGGUAUGAGGAAGAGGAAGGGUACAAGAAGCCUAGUGGCCAUGGGGGAGGGAGGUAUGGUAAGGAGGAAGAGGAAGAUGACAAGAAGAAAAAGAAGCAUGGCGAGGGGUCGGAGGGCGGCAUGGGAGACUACCUGAAACUGGCACAAGGUCUCAUGAAGAAGCAAGGCGGUGAGGGGGAGAGCGGUGGCGGCGGUAUGGGUGACUACUUAAAGCUUGCGGAGGGGUUCUUGAAGAAGCGCUGAUUUGUAACUGAAUCUAUGAUGUCUCAUGAAUUGUGAAGGACCUUGCUGUGUUUGGUUAGUUUCCUGUUCUACUUAAUGCCCAAAUGGUGUGAAAUCAUGUACGAUCUCCAUCCGGUUAUACAAUAAAACUGUCUUGGUCAGUUGGUCAUGUUGUCUCUGCAUUGUAACACGAAUGCUUAGGGUGCUACCCAUGAAUUCGGGGGAAUAAAUAUUGGAUGGAAACCUGUGUUGCUCA